AUGUGGCCUCAGCCUUCCUGCCCCAGCCGGGUCCUGGUGGGCAACACAGAGCUCUGCGGCCUGCCCCCCCUGUGCCCCCCAGGCCCAAUGCCUGCCCAUCGGCUGGAUUGCAGCUGUGUCCAUGGACCCAGAGUGGUGCAGGGGAAGUGGUAGGGGGUCCGCUCCUACCUCCACCUCUUCUACGAGGAUUGCACUGGGGCCAGCCCUGAUCGGGACAGGUCCUUGCCCCAUGGAGCCUGGGCACCCCUCAUCUGGAAGUGGCCCUGUCCCACGGGGACCCUGUUCCUGCUUGUGGGGGCCACCAUGCUGGCUGCUGGCUCCCUGGUGCCCCCGAAGCUGGAGGGGAUUAGGGAGGAGGCAUUUGUGGUGCUGGAUGUCCAGGCACUGAGGUACAGCCACACACUGGGGACAUGCCGGCUGGUGGGCAUGGUGCUGUGCAUGGUGGCCAGGGCGCUGGGUGCUGUCAGGCUGCUCUCCUGUAUGCUGACCCUGUGCCACCCCCAGGAAGAGGAGCAGCAGCCCUCACCCAUCCUGAGUGGCAGCCCCCCGCCGCAGCCCCCCGCUGCCUUCGCUUUGGCAGGGACGGCAAAGACACCCCUGCACCCUGGGGUGCUGCUGCGUCUCAGCGGGAGGGUCCUCACUGCACCACCAGGCUGUGCUCAGGGACCAGCAUCACUCUGGGAGCAGAGACCACCUGGGCAUCACUGCCGCUAGCCUGGGGGCUGCCCGCUCCCCGGUGCCAUGAGGCUCCUGUCUCAUGUCUGCUUGAGGCUGGGACCCACCAGGGCCUCGCAUCACCCCACAGCAACCCGUGUGUUGCAAUACACGGGCGUUAUGCAGCGCACCCAGCAUUCCUGGCCCGCACAGCCCUGGGGGCACCCACCCACUGCUGGCACGGGGUGGCUGCAGCAGGCACCAUGGGGGUGCCAGGCCCCAAACUCUGCCUCCCAUUGCCCCAGCUUGGCCCUCUGUCCCUGAGAAAGCUGAGCUGCUCCUGCGGACCAGCACGGCUGGUGGCCUGGCAUGCUGGCACGUCCCCACGCUGCCUCCUGCCGCGUCAAGGUGAGAGCGUGACCACGCCAUGGCAGUGCCAGGGUGGAGAGACCUGG